GACAAACUGUCUGAUACUUAACACUUGGGCUCAGCCUACUUUUAGAUUUAACUUUUGCACGAGUAUGGCCGCGUUUAACCGUAGCAACUUAGAAGAAUUGUUAAAGAAACGUUUCUUCUACGCGCCCUCCUUUCAAUCUUAUGGAGGUGUUGCCGGACUUUACGACUAUGGUCCGCCGGGCUGUGCACUUCAGUCCAACAUUCUCGAGUUAUGGCGCAGGCAUUUUGUGUUAGAGGAAGAUAUGCUCGAAAUGGAUGGAACUAUCAUGACACUAGCUGAAGUUCUAAAAACAUCAGGUCACGUGGAUAAGUUUGCAGACUGGAUGGUUAAAGACGUUAAAACUGGAGAUAUCUUCCGUGCUGACCACCUAGUUGAGGCUGUUUUAGAAGCAAGGCUUGAAGGUGACAAACAAGCAAGAUCAGCAAACGUUGAGGCCGUGGGAGUGAGCGCGGCGGCAGAUAAGAAGAAGAAAAAGAAGGGCAAAGUUCAAGCAGUAGAACUAAAAAAGGACACGAGAGAGGAAUAUGAAGAUAUCUUAGCAAAGAUCGAUAACUAUACUGGCCCGGAGCUCGGAGAGAUCAUACGUAAACACAACAUAAAAAGCCCUGAAACGGAAAAUGAUCUAUCUGAACCCGUUGAAUUUAACUUGAUGUUUGAAAGCAGUAUUGGCCCUACAGGGACCACUAAAGGUUAUCUCCGACCGGAAACGGCACAGGGUCAAUUUCUAAAUUUCAAAAAAUUUCUGGAGUUUAACAAUGAUAAAAUGCCGUUUGCUUCCGCGUCAAUUGGUCGUUCUUUCAGGAACGAAAUUAGUCCACGGUCCGGUCUUCUUAGAGUUAGAGAAUUUACGAUGGCCGAAAUUGAGCAUUACGUGGACCCGCAAAGUAAGAAUCACACACGUUUCGACGAAGUGAAAGACAUCAAACUUCGCCUUUUACCACAAGGUGUACAGGCAGAAGGCAAGACAGAACCAAUUGAAAUAUCUAUUGGUGAAGCCGUAGAAAAAAAAGUUGUAGAUAACGAAACCCUAGGCUAUUUCCUUGCUCGUAUACACUUAUUCCUAAUUAGACUCGGAAUAAAGAUUGAAAAACUUCGGUUUCGUCAACACAUGCCCAACGAAAUGGCGCAUUAUGCCUGUGAUUGUUGGGAUGCGGAAAUUCAAAGUAGCUAUGGGUGGAUCGAAUGUGUUGGUUGUGCAGAUCGCUCCGCUUACGAUUUAACGGUUCACUCAAAUCGUACAAAGGAAAAACUUGUAGUACGGGAAAGCCUGUUAGAGCCACUGGUGUAUGAAAAAACUGUUUUGGAAAUAAACAAAAAAGUCUUUGGGCCGAAGUUGAGACAAAAUGCAAAAACAGUAGAGGAAUAUUUACUUAACCUGAACGAAGGACAGUUAGAUAAUCUGAAAAAAGCACUUGAAGAUGGCAAUGGAACUACCACGGUUCCUGGUGUUGAUGGUAAUACAUAUGAGGUUUCUAGUGAUUUUCUCACUAUUCAGAGGAAGACUAUUACAGAACACGUCAGGGAAUAUAUUCCCAAUGUAAUAGAACCAUCGUUCGGUAUUGGUCGUAUUUUAUAUUCACUGAUUGAACACGUAUAUUGGAUUCGUGAAGGUGAUGAGCAAAGGGGGGUCCUGUCGUUCCCACCGCGUGUUGCACCCUUCAAAUGCCUGCUGGUUCCUCUAAGUAACAAUCCCUCGUUCACGGAUCUUGUUCGUAAUAUUUCCGCAAAACUUCGUAAACUUAAUAUUGCUAUAAAAGUCGACGAUUCAUCCAAUUCAAUCGGCCGUCGAUAUUCGCGUAAUGAUGAACUCGGCACACCAUUCGCUAUCACCAUUGAUUUCCAGUCUGUGAACGAUGAUACAGUGACACUGCGUGAAAGGGAUACUACAAAACAAAUCAGAGAAAAGGUUGACACCAUCCUCCAAGUUCUCAAAGAUCUAGUUGAAGAGGAUAUCGCGUGGGAAGAUGUUAUGAAAAAAUAUCCCACAUUUACGCAGCAAGAGCUUGAUUAA